AUGAACAUGAAGGCCGUAGAAGACGACAGCUUUCACGUCACAAGUGAAGGCUACUCCCAUCUGAGUGACUCAGAAUGGGAGGUAGUCGGACGUAUGAGUGUGCUCUUGGGCGACCCCGCCAUCAGUGGUAUGUUGGAGUCACUAAGCAGAGACCAGCAACAUGCUGCUAUCAACAAGUUCAUUCAAGGGGAACUUGCCGUCGAACUACAGAAGAUAGCCUUGCUACAGCAGCAAGGCUCUUAUCAGUCGAUGGGAGGGCCGACGCACAUGCGUCGACCCGAAACCUCGAAGAUUGAUUUCUCAAGGUACUAG